AUGUAUGUUAAAAUUGAAACGGAGAGAUUAACAUUCAUCAGGUUGAAUCAAACCAAACUCCGAUCUGAAGAGUAUAUUCACCUUCGAGAUGCGAUUAAUACUGAUGGAAAUGCACAGAAUGUCGGUCGGAUGACUAUUCUUCCAGCAACAUACAUCGGAAGCCCUCGGCAUAUGUACGAAUAUGCUCAAGAUGCCAUGUCGUAUGUUCGUCAUUAUGGUACAGCAGAUUUGUUCAUCACAUUUACAUGCAAUCCGCAAUGGAUAGAAAUCAAGCAGGAGUUAUUCUCUGGGCAAUCACCCAUUGAUCGUCAUGAUAUUACAGCCAGAGUCUUUAGACAAAAGUUAAAAUCAUUAAUGGAUUUCAUCGUAAAACAUAAUGUGUUUGGUGAGACACGCUGCUGGAUGUAUUCUGUGGAGUGGCAGAAACGAGGAUUGCCACAUGCACACAUUUUGAUUUGGUUGGUUGAAAAGAUAAGGCCAAAUGAAGUUGAUGCAGUGAUAUCAGCUGAAAUCCCUGAUGUACAAGUAGAUCCUGGAUUACAUGAGGUAGUUAUCAAACACAUGAUACAUGGUCCCUGUGGAACUCUUAAUCAACAUUCACCGUGUAUGAUGGAUGGUAAAUGUUCAAAACGAUAUCCACGGACAUUAAUAUCGGAAACAAUUACUGGUAAUGGUUAUCCAUUGUAUCGUCGCAGAUCGACAGCAGACAAUGGAAAAUCAACAAUUGUCAAAUUAAAUCAACAAGAUAUUGAAAUAGAUAAUCGUUGA